GGGAGGAGGCUGAUCCCAGCAGUAAAAAUAGAGCUCAUGGACUUUCUGUAAACAGAUUGGGAGCUCAGGGCUCAGUCGGGACACGCCGGCCUGAGACUGGUCAGCUCUGUAAACAAGGUGUGAAUGAGCGAGGAGGAGUGUCCCACUGCUGUCGCCGACACUGUUCUGCGUUUUCUUUGCCACGAUGACAUAGACACAGUGAAGGAGCUAUGCGCCGACUGGUUCCCUAUCGAGUAUCCAGACUCCUGGUACAGAGACAUCACCUCCAACAAGAAAUUCUUCUCAUUGGCAGCCACGUAUCAUGGGCAAAUAGUGGGCAUGAUUGUGGCAGAAAUAAAGAGCAGGACCAAAGUACACAAAGAGGAUGGGGACAUCUUGGCUUCAUGCUUCUCGAGCGACACACAAGUGGCGUAUAUUCUUAGCCUGGGUGUGGUGAAGGAGUUCAGGAAACAGGGGAUUGGUUCCCUGCUACUGGAGAGCUUGAAGAGUCACAUCUCCAGCACUGCCCAGGAUCUGUGUAAAGCUCUGUACCUGCAUGUCCUGACUACCAACAGCAGUGCCAUCCGCUUCUAUGAGAACCGCCACUUCCAUCAGCACCAUUACCUGCCCUACUACUACUCCAUCCGUGGUGUGCUGCAGGACGCCUACACUUAUGUCUUAUAUCUUAAUGGUGGUCACCCGCCCUGGACAGUAAUGGACUAUAUUCAGCAUCUAGGCUCUGCGCUGGCUGGUCUCAGCCCCUGUUCUCUUCCCCAGAGGAUCUACCGUCAGGCUCACACCCUAUUGCGGAGUUUGCUACCCUGGUCCGGCAUCUCUGCCAAGAGUGGCAUCGAGUACAGUCGCACCAUGUGACCACAGAUCUUUGAAGCUGCACCUCCCAGUGUGUGAGCGGCACAGUCUGCUCUGCCCAUCUCCACGAUGGGAUGCUUGUCAUUGUAGAGGUGUCACAUGACUGCCUAAACACAGAACAGCAACACGUCUAACAUUUGGGAUACAGGGUCUGUGAUCUAAAUCACCUCUCCCAGCAUUCUGGGAUCUGCUUUGCACCCAUGCACAAAAUGAGAACUUAAAGGGAUCUUCCUUUCCAUUUUUCAUGAUCUCUGGCUGCUGCUUUCCCCCUUGUCCCUCAAUACGCCCCUUUGUUAGAGGAUCCCAUUGUCCAGUGACGCAGGAAAGCAGCCUAAGUGUUUACCGUUUUGUAGCCUGGAGCUGCAUGUUUUUUUAAUACCUUUCCUUUUUUUUUUUUUUGCUAUUGAAAUUGUCUUCGUAUCUCAGCAAAGGUCAGAGAGCGUCUGCUGCAGGCGUAACCACUUGCCUGCUUUCUAGAGUGUUAUUGAUGGGCACACAGCACUAUGCAGCAGUUUAUGAGGCCUCUGCUAUGUAGAGGACAGAUUCGCCCUUCUCCGUCUUCCCAAUGUGCUAGCUGCAAGUAGAGUCUGACCGAUUAUACUGCUUGUGUGGCAGACUAGAGCCAAUAGCUGUCCACUGCUGGGU